AUGGGGAAGAACGAUAUGAAUAUGGACACGACUGUUGAGUCUGGAGGACGUCGAUGUUUCCACAACAUCCUCUGCUUCACUGCCGUAUUCAGUGUGUCGUCAAUGGUGAUGGAGUCAGUUAAGUUGUAUACAGUGUCUCAGAUCACAGCUCUAGAAAAGCAAUUUGGGCUCAGCAGUACAAGAAGUGGUCUCCUCCUAAGCUGCAACGAAAUCGGCUAUCUCGUAGCUAUUUUCUUCUUCAGCCAUUUUGGGGAGGACCAAGCCUCCAACUAUUCCUCUCCACAAAGUGCCAGGCUAUGUCAGGAUUCCGUGCAAGAAGAUGAGCAAUGUUCAGAUAUCAAGAACCAGGCGACGGACAGCAGUCAUUGGCAGUUCAACGUGUUUGCCGUGCUUAUGGUGAUACUUGGGUUGGCUAAAUCUGCACGGUCUUCCCUGGGUCUACCGUACGUUGACAAUAACUCCCGUGAUAAGCAGCAGUCAAGCUUACUGACAGGUAUCCUUAUGACUAUGGCGUUCCUUGGACCAUUUCUUGCCCUCAGUCUUGGCGGCUUCUUUAGCGACAUUCCAGUUGAUCUCAGCGACAUGCCGAGAUCGGUAUUACGGAUCUUGAAGAACCCAGUAGCUGGCAGUCUCAUGUUGGGAAACGUCUGUCUUUCGUUCUUCGUUGGAGGCUAUGUAGGAUUUGCUCCUAAAUACAUCGAGACCCAAUUUGCUACGUCAGCAUCUAGGGCGAACUUCAUAAUGAUGUUUGGCACUUUACUGGGAGGCAUUCUCACCAGCCGACUCAGACUGACUAACAAGGGAUGUAUGAAGCUCACGACCAUAGUGAUGUUCACUGGAACUGCCCUCUAUUGUCUCACGUUGGUCUUUGGCUGUGACAGCCAGAACAUCAAAGGUCUAGGUGACAGCAGGUCUUCCAUGGUCAACGGUACUCCUUGCAUCUGUGAUGCAACUGAGUUCAUGCCUCUGUGUGGAGUUGACGGGGUGACGUAUAUCAAUCCCUGUAUUGCAGGAUGUUACCUUCCAUCACCUAUCGUUUAUGGAAAGGUCAUUGACACCACGUGCACUCUCUGGGAAACAACAUGUGGCGAGGUCGGCGCAUGUGCAGUGUAUGAUCUCCCAAGCCUACGGUAUCGUGUGAAAGGGAUGGACACGGGACUUUCUCUGCUGUCGUCAACUGUUUUCCUUGCAGCUUUUCUUUUUCUUAAAUAUGAUGUCGGUAAGACGAACCCUGAUUCCGAUGCAUCACCGACCCAGCCUGAAGCAGCUGAAGAUACAGAGAAACCCGAUGUCCACGUCGCACAGUCUUAA